AUAAAGGCUCCUUUAAUUUUUCUGGUAGGUGCUUGUGGUUUAGGGCCUCUGUAAAAACUCAAAAAGAAAAAAAGAAAAACAAAAGUGAUGGAGAUGGGGAAAAACCAUGGCGGAAUUGACCUAAAAGUUUUUCCUCAUCAUCAUCGUCAUCGUCAGUUUCUGUAAUCAGUUGGAGGAGCGCGACACUGAGUUGGGGUUUGGUUGUGGAGGGAGUGAAAAUUUUUGGGGUUGUUCCCCGCUUUCUGUCUCGAGGAAUUGCUGCGAUCGGGCGAAGUUUUGAGGUUCUGAUCGUUUUCCCUCCGAAUUAGUGAAAUUUUUUGGCCUGAUAGGGUUUCUGGUGGUUUGGUGGAAACUGACAAGCCUUGGGUGUGGGGAUUUUUACAGUUUCUGAUAAGGUGGUUGAGUUGCUCUGAGUUGGUUCCCGGGGUUUUGCUUCACAAGUGUAGGUGAGUGAGGAUUGAGGGUUGGUAGCAGUAGGGCAAUGGAGUGUAACAAGGAUGAGGCCGCUAGGGCGAAGGAGAUAGCGGAGAAGAAGUUCAAAGCAAAAGAUCUUGAGGGCGCGAGGAAAUUCGCAGUGAAGGCGUCUCAAUUGUAUCCGGCAUUGGAGGGGAUCACUCAGAUGCUGGCCACCUUGGACGUGUAUGCUGCAGCGGAAAAGAAGGUCAAUGGGGAGACCGACUGGUACGAGAUUCUCUGCGUGAAUGCGAUGGCGGACGACGAGACAGUGAAAAAACAAUACAGGAAGUUAGCUUUGAUGCUCCAUCCUGAUAAGAACAAAUCUGUUGGAGCAGAGGGAGCGUUUAAGCUCAUUUCGGAAGCGUGGAGCGUGCUGUCGGACAAGUUUCGGCGGUCGGUUUACGAUCACAAGAGAAAUCUUAAGGGAGUUCCCCAGAAGGUCGCACAGCCGCGAAAGCCUGCGUCUGCACCUCGAACCAGUUCAUCUGCUCAUGGUGCGAAUGGAUUCUAUAAUACGUCUAAUAGCAAUGGCGGUUCUAAUGCGAGAACAGAAACUACUACUUCACAUGCUGGUGCCUCUGCGCGUGGUUUGAAUGGUUUGUACAAAUUCUCCAACAGCGAAGCAAGUUCUGAUGCUCGAACACAGAAGCCGGCGCCUCGAGCUCCACCGCCUCCAUCUCAUCGCCAGUCGAAGCCAAAUACUUUUUGGACAAGCUGCAACAGGUGCAGAAUGCAAUAUGAAUAUCUUCGUGUGUAUGUUAACCACAACCUGCUAUGCCCCAAUUGCCACCAACCAUUUUUGGCCAUCGAGACAGGCACGAUACCGAGUGCUUCGGGUACUUUCCCGUGGACAAGUCCGCAACAGCAUGGAAAGAAGACUCACGUUCAGGGAAGGGACGGUGUUGUUCCUGGUGGGUAUCCGCCGGGUCAAGGAGCUGAUUCUUUUCAUAAGGCAAACUUCCAGUGGGGGGCAUUCUCUAGAACAGCAGGUGCUCCAAGUGCCAAUGCGUCAACUUCUGCUGCUGCCGCUGCUGCCAAUGUGGUUCAUCAAACAUAUGAGAAAGUCAGAAGAGAGCGGGAGGAGGCACAAGCAGCAGCUAGAAAGGAGGACACUCGGAGGAACAUCCAGGGUUUCAAGAGGUCCUCAGGUGGAAGUGAAAAUUGUAUUCAGAGGCCUGAUAAGAAAAGAAGCAUAGACAGAGAUAGCCUUGCUAAUGAUAAUGAAAAUGAACAUAAUGCUAGUAAGGAUACCUACGAGGCAGAAAAGCUGAAUGGCGUUUCUAGUGGUGCGGGUAGGUUCCCUUACAAACAGUAUGGCACCUCCUUGAGGGACUUGGUAAUGCAGGAUGCUCGCAGCGUACUCAUGACAAAGGCUAGAAAUGAAAUUCAAAAGAAGUUAGAAGAUUGGAAGAAGGAGGCUGCAGAGAAAGCCAGCGAAAAGGAAAAAGGCCUAUCAAAUACAAAAGAAAACCUUGUGUCCAAUGGCAAUGGGAAUGUCCACGAUCAUGGUAAGUCUGAUGAGUUUGUCAAAAAGAGCAGGAAGCAGAAGUCUUCGAGAGAACAAGAUGAUUCUAGCGAUGUUCCAGAUGAAGAACCUGAUGUGCCAUCAUCAAUCAAUGUUAUUGAUCCUGAUUUUUAUGAUUUUGACAAGGAUCGAAGUGAGAAGUCCUUUGAAGCUAAUCAGGUAUGGGCCGCAUAUGAUGAUGAUGAUGGGAUGCCUCGUUUUUAUGCACUUAUUCAGAAGGUGAUAUCUGUAAACCCUUUCAAGAUGCGUAUCAGUUGGCUCAACUCCAAAAGAAACAGUGAUAUUGGUCCCCUAAAUUGGGUUGCAUGUGGUUUUACAAAAACAAGCGGAGAGUUCAGGGUGGGUAGGUACGAAGUACAUGAUAAUGUUAACGUGUUCUCUCAUAAGGUCAGAUGGGAAAAAGGUUUGCGAGGGGUCAUCCGAAUACUCCCAGGGAAGGGUGACGUUUGGGCCCUUUACAGAAACUGGUCAAGGGACUGGAAUGAAUCAACUCCAGAUGAGGUGGUGCACAAGUAUGACAUGGUAGAGGUGGUUGGUGAUUUUGUAGAUGAUACUGGCGUGGCCGUUGCUCCUCUAAUUAAGCUUCCUAGUUUCAAAACAGUAUUCCGGCGGAAUGUGGACACUGAGGGAGUACAGACAAUCCCAAGGGAAGAGUUAUUUCGAUUUUCGCACCAAGUUCCUGCUCGUCUAUUGACUGGUGAAGAAGCAGAAAGUGCACCAAAGGGUUGUCUAGAGCUGGAUCCAGCUGCGAUUCCUAUGGAACUUCUGGAAGUAGUAACAGAAGUUAAGGAUGAGAAAGCAGGGCAGGAUGCUAAACCGUAACAGCUUAUUGUAACAUUGAACACCUGGGAUGAUCAGCUUUGGAUGACUGAAUGGGUCAUGGAUGGGUUAGCUGCUCAAUGCUACGAAAGUAUCAGUUUCAGCAUUUGCUGCUUUUGCCAUGAUCAGCGGUUCCUUGUGCAGUUCCCUUUUUUCCAUACAUUGGCCUAUGUGUUGGAUAUUCCAUGAUGCCUUGUUAGCCACUGGCUUGCAAUGUUGUCACGUGGUCUUUGUGAUGAUCUAACCUCAACUUUGUCUACAAAUAUGAUGCAAUUUGAAAACGGUUAACAUGAAUUUGGGCAACAUAGGUUGGAACUUUGUUUUCCCUGUUUCUUCUAUAAGCAAUUUAAAUGUCUUCAGUGUUCAA